AUGUCAGAUUCUCUGUAUUCAUACGUGCACUUUACACACUCAAACCAGUCCACUUUUAUGGAAAACUGGAAAGAAUAUCCGCUUCCUUACGAUGAUAUCGAUACCACCCAUCUAUUUGAAGCUACCGCUAACAUCUUCCCGCAGUUUUUGCUUGACGAAGAGGAAGAUGGAGCCAUUCCAAUCAACUUUUCCGUUUUCGGUGCCAAGGUUUCGAAGAGCCGCAGCUUGCUCCAGCGGAAAGUAUGGACUGACUUGAACUUGGACCCGCUUCGAAGCGAUUCAACCACACAAAAGCUUCCUGAUAAAACGAUCUUGAAAUCGCUUCAUUUCGCCAAAUCUGACGCAACAGAUGUAAGUCUCAACGACUUUCUCUCGAAUGGCUACAACUCCGAAUCUUCAGUGCUCAAUGCAGACCUAACUUUUGCAAAUGUUUCUCACGACGACAUUUGGCUACAUACCACGUCAGAAUUUGGCCACAACCAUACAUUCAGCCACAUGAAAUCACGGUCGAACAGCACUAACCAUGUCAAUACGCAGCCAGCCCCACCAGUGCAAACGCCAAGAAUGGGUCGAACUCGCCAGCCCUCUCACGAUAAAUUCCAAACUCCCAUCACGCGGAUUCUUCGCUAG